UUACCGUUGAGGGGGUAAUUGUGUACAGAGCCCAUAAAAAAACAUGAACAAUGCUCUUGGCUUCCAAUAUUAUUUUGUAACAACCGAAAUGGAAGUCAAAACCAAUUUAUAUGUACCUGUACAUCCCUUUUUGAUGGACCGUAAGGGUCAGCUUUCUGUCCUUUUGACAGACUGAGUCACUUACAAACUGAGUCACGAACUGACUGAGUCACCGAGUACCGAGAUAUUCAGGUUCAACUCGACUAGGUUCGAGAUCAUGGCGGUGGAUAAGAUCCCACCUGGCCCGGGACAGGCUUGUUGUUCCCUGAGAAAGAAGAGAGUCGGUAUACUGGUAGCGGUAUGUUGCGUGGCUAUCCUAUCAACCUACAUGUAUUCACUCAACUGCUGCAAAAGCAGAACAGAAGCACCUCCGAAACUGAAGACAUCGAACAGUCCGUCGUUCCACAAAAUGCCAAUCUUUGCCAAGAUCAAAGCUAACACAAGAAUGCCAGAACCUUCAGUGAAUGCCACACAAUCUGUGGGCAUUGCUGCUGUGAAACAGACAGUAUUCGUUCAUCAACUCCUUCAACCUCAAAACCCUUCACCGACAAAUCAAGAUGAUCUUUCCUCUUUGUCCUCGUGGUCAAGUGUUUACGACGAGGCGGACGAUGAUUUGGACUUGGUGCCAGAGAGGGCAGCCUUCAAACCGCAAGGUAAAUGGAAACGACGGCUUCCGAAGGUCAUCAUUAUUGGAAUCAAGAAGGGAGGAACGCAAGCACUGCUGAAUUUCCUUAAAGCGCACCCUGAAGUUACUGCUAGCGGGAAGGAGGUGCAUUUCUUCGAUCGUUUCUAUGAAAGGGACUUAGAGUGGUACAGGAGGGCGAUGCCCUACUCGUAUGAAAAUCAACUGACCGUGGAGAAAACGCCCAGCUACUUUGUGACGCCGCAAGUCCCAAAGCUCAUCUAUCGCAUGUCACAAGACGUAAAAUUUCUACUGGUUGUGCGUGAACCUGUGGCACGGGCCAUCUCCGACCACGCCCAGUCCCUCGAAAAGGGUAAGACCACGCCCUUUGAGGAGAAAGCCAUGCUCGACCCGAGAAAAUGCAGCGUGGACGAGAGUUGGAGCGCAAUAGGCAUCGGGCUGUACUCAGUGCAUCUGACGAGAUGGCUGAAGUAUUUCCCUCUCGACCAGUUCUUGUUUGUCAGUGGGAAAAACCUUGUGGCCAAUCCCGGCGCGGAGAUGGGCAAAGUACAAGACUUCCUGCACAUUAGCAGGACACUCACGGAGAAGGCGUUUGUCUUCAACGAGACGAAGGGCUUUCCCUGCCUUAGAACGGACGAGAAUGGGGAGGUGAGAUGUCUCGGCAAAACCAAAGGCCGCCCUCAUAAUCCUGUGGAUCCUCGUGUCCGGGCCUGUCUGGCCGAGUUCUAUCGACCGUAUAAUGAGCAGUUUUACAACAUGACGGGCAUCAAUUUUCAUUGGGAGGAAUGAGGGACCUGGAGUCUAAAUUCUUAGACUCUCAAAUUUUUCAGGGGGGCCGGGAAUUGUCAAUCCAUAACUUGCCACCACGGGUAUUCAAGUAUUAAUCUUCUCAUGUAUAUAUCCUUCUCAGGUCUUAAUUAUUCAAAAAAAUAUUGUCAUAUUGACGAAUGGCAUUCAUUUUUGUUUGUUCAGUGUUGGACAAUUUGCUGCAAUCUACACAGAAUGAAUGAUUAAUGGGUUUUAAAAUUAUAAAUAAGCACAUGGCAAACAAUACUUAUGAGUGAUCAGACCACCGCAAAUGUGAAGUACAUGUAUACUUAAUUUGUAUCUGACAAUCCAUGUACAGGACCGUAGUAAUAUUUCUGUCUUUAUAGAUGUACAUGUACACUAUAGUUACUUGCAAUGCUCAAAUAAAGUUGUGUCAGUGAUAUUUAUAAUGGAGAGUAUAAAUUAUUAUGUAUGUAUGUAAAUUUCUGUCAUUCAGCACUAUCUGUCGCACAUAAUUCUGUGAUAAAACAAAAUCAGGUGUCAUGUAUAUAUUCUCUGUGAAAAGUUUGUAUUCUCUGUGAAAAGAUAUAGAGCUCUGUCGGCUUUUCCUUGAUGAAUCUGUUAUUAUGUUUCUGAUUAAAGUUUACAUUGCAACUGGCAGAUGUAGAUAUAUAUGAGAAAGAAAUAGUGCAGAUAUUCUGCACUACAUAUGCACAUACAGGGUAUCUCUACGUAGACAUAAGUAUUCUUCAUACUCGCCAUCAGAUAUUUAUAUACUAUGUACAUGUUUGAAUAGUAUUAUUUUUUGUGCUGGUGUAAUAUUCUGACCAUUACUUCAUGUUUGUGUCCAAAAAGAAUUAUUUUUUCGUAAACUUGUCGUAACUCUAUUCGAAGAGCAAGAUUUAAUGUUUAUUAAGAACACUUGUUUUGGAACUCAGUAAUCUGGAAUUAAGUCAUUAAAGGUAGAAUGGACCAUUUGCAGCUA